CGCGUGAGUCAUGAAAAUCCCUUUUCCUGAUUUGAUCAAAGCGGGCGGCGGGGAGGGGAGCUGCCGGCGAAGCGCCCCGGCUCUGGCCCCGGCGGGGCUUGCCUCUGACAUCAGCGCCGAAGCCCGGCAUAAAAAGGGCGCCGGGGGCCGGGGGCUCACACGGACGGGCAGCCGGCACGCGCCUCGCUCCCGCUCGCGCCGCGGCUUGGGACCGCACCGUGCUGCUUUCCGGCGCCAGCGCCCCGCCGCGGGAGAGCUGCCGGGGAUGAAGGCGGCGGCCGCCUGCCUCGUGUGCCUGCUGCUGGCCUGCCUGGCCCUGCGCGCCGCCGAGGGCCGCCUCCAGGAGCGCUCCAUGGAACUCAGGAACCCGGACAUCGACCCCUCCUGGUACACGGGCCGCGGGAUCAGGCCGGUGGGGCGGUUCGGGCGGCGGCGAGCCCCGGGCGAGGGCACCCCGGCGGCGGGCGACGGGUGGCCGGGGGGCUGCGUGCCGCGGCGCCAGCACCCCGCGCCGCCCCCACAAGAGGAGCCGACCGCCUGAGCCGGCGGCCGUGGCACCGGCGCGCCAAUAAAUGCCCUUCGCCUCCCUUU